AUGACUGAAGAUAAGCUCGACUACUUCACUGGAAAAAGGCCUGAAUCAGCACUCAGCCACCUCCAAAGAGCCCUGAACGCGAACCACAUCGGAGCUUUAUACGUUACGUGCAUUAUUCUUCUCUUUACUGGCGACGAUGAGCUGAAAGCAGACGGUGUGAGCUUGUUGGCCGACAUGAAGAAGUCUAAGUAUGUGAGGAGAAAACUGAAGGAGCAUCACGAGAAGCUGAAGAACAUGCUGAGGUUAAUGUGGGUGGAGAAUCCGGCUCUGAGGCGUCCGCUGGUGUGCUGUACCAGACAAGACAGCCAUAGGAGGAAAAGGGGUUGGGUGGACAUUAUUGAUGACGAGGAAGAUGUGCACUGUGAAGGUUGUAGUGCAGAUUGUGAGAUUAGGUUUCUUGCUGAUAGUUUACCUCAAUGGUGA